UGCUGCUGAAAUCCCCAGCCAGAAUGGGGAUAGGCAGGGGGACACGAAUACCACUAUGGAUAUCCGUACUAAUGAUCAUCUUAACACAUCAGAAAGUACAAGCCCAGUCUGAAGAUCAGCAAUCCCAGUAUGAGGAUCAGCAGUCCCAGUAUGAGGAUCAGCAGUCUCAGUAUGAGGAUCAGCAGUCCCAAUACGUGGACCAGCAUUAUGACCAAGAGCACGUCAGUUCUGAUGAGAACUUAGCGCAGGACACACUUGAUUUUGUUACCACAUUAGCUCCCACAAGUCCUGUGAGUUUGAUCCCUGGAUUUAGAACAACAAUGGCCGUCAAGGCUGGAAAUGCAGCUCAUAAUGAUAGAGUGUGUAGCACUUGGGGCAACUUCCACUUCAAGACCUUUGAUGGAGACAUCUAUCAUUUCCCUGGGCUCUGCAAUUAUGUCUUGGCAUCCCACUGCAAAUCUUCCUAUGAAGACUUCAAUGUGCAAAUAAGACGCUUGGUGGUUGCGAAUGUUACCGUUAUAAGCCAUGUGACUGUGAAACUUGAUGGAGUGGCCAUUGAACUGACCUCAAGUUCCAUUACGGUCAAUGGAAAACUCAUUCAGAUACCUUACAGCCACUUAGGGAUCCUGAUAGAGAGAAGCUCAGGUUAUUUUAAGCUCCAAGGGAAGUUAGGAUUGACGCUGAUGUGGAAUCAAGAGGAUGGCCUUUUGCUGGAACUAAAUGAAAAAUAUGCUAAUCAAACUUGUGGUCUUUGUGGGGAUUUCAAUAAAAUCAAAAUCUACAAUGAAUUCAUUUCCAACCAUAUCAAGCUGUCUUCUUUGCAGUUUGGAAACAUGCAGAAGAUGGACGGACCCACGGAACAAUGCCAAGAUCCUAUCCUUUUACCCAAAGGCGAAUGCAACCAUGAGUUUACUACUCUGUGCCAAAACAUACUGACUGGUAAAGCAUUUGUAGCUUGCAAUGCAUUAGUUGAAGUGCGUGAUUACAUUGAUGCUUGCACACAAGACUUAUGCAACUGUGAUAAGUCUGUGAUUGACGUCUGCAUCUGUGACACCUUUGCUGAGUACUCCAGGCAAUGUGCCCAUGCUGGUGGACAGCCACUUGAAUGGCGAACACAAGAUUUGUGUCCCAAGUCAUGUCCUUUCAACAUGCAGCACCGAGAAUGCGGAUCGCCCUGUUCUGACACUUGUUCCAAUUCUGAACGGUCCCAGUUGUGUGAAGAUCAUUGUAUAGAUGGCUGUUUCUGUCCGCCCGGCACUGUGUUUGAUGACAUUAACAAUUCUGGCUGCAUCCCCAUUAAGGAUUGUUACUGUACUUACAAUGGGACUCAUUAUGCUCCUGGUACUUCUUUUUCCUCCCAGUGCAUUUCAUGUUCAUGCACUGAAGGGCAUUGGACUUGCAUCAGCCUUUCAUGUCCUGGAGUAUGUUCUAUUGAAGGUGGCUCCCACAUCACCACUUUUGAUGAGAAAUACUAUUCUGUCUUUGGGGACUGUAGCUAUAUCUUAACUAAGCUCUGUGAUAACAACAUCUUCACUGUUCUGGGAGAAAUUCGAAAGUGUGGCCUGACAGACACUGAGACAUGCCUGAAAGGUUUAGCUAUAAGCAUUGAUGGAGGACAGACAGUGAUUGUGAUCAAGUCUACUGGUGCUGUGUAUGUGAAUAUGAUUCUCACUCAACUGCCUAUCUCAGCAUCCAAUGUCACUAUCUUCAGCCCUUCCUCGUUCUUCACUGUUAUACACACAAAAUUUGGCAUCCAACUGCUGAUACAGUUUAUCCCUAUCAUGCAGUUGUUUGUGUACAUGGAGCCAACCCACAAAGGGCAGACAUGUGGUCUCUGUGGAAAUUUCAACAGUGUCCAAACAGAUGACUUUAAAGCUAUCAGUGGGGUGACAGAAGGAACCCCUGCUGCCUUUACUAACACCUGGAAAACACAGGCAGAUUGCCCCAACGUCAAAAACUUAUUUGAGAACCCCUGUACUCUCAGUAUAGAAAAUGAAAAAUAUGCUUCACACUGGUGCGGAUUGCUGACUAACAGCAACGGGCCCUUUCAGAAAUGCCACUCAGUAGUAAACCCAGCUGUUUACCAUACAAACUGCAUGUUUGACACCUGCAACUGUGAAAAGAGCGAGGACUGCAUGUGUGCUGCCCUCUCUUCCUAUGUCAGAGCCUGUGCUGCUAAAGGCGUGUUGCUGAGCGGAUGGAGGACAAGUGUCUGCACCAAAUACCAAAUUUGUCCUGAAACCUGGACUUAUCAUUACAACAUUGAUACCUGUCAAGCCACUUGCCGAGGUCUGAGUGAGCUUGAUGUCACCUGCAACAUCAAGUUCCCUCCUGUGGAUGGAUGCACCUGUGAAGAAGGGACAUACCUGGAUGACAGUGGCAAAUGUGUGCCUGCCACUAAUUGCCCUUGUUACUACAAAGGAUCUGCCAUACCAUCUGGAGACGUGGUUCAUGACAAUGGCGUCAUAUGUACCUGUGUACAAGGCAAGCUUCAGUGCAUUGGGGAAGUGAAACCACGAACAGAUUGUGAUGCUCCUAUGAUCUACUUUGAUUGUGCCAAUGCCACAGCUGACACCCAUGGAACUGAGUGUCAGAAGAGCUGCCAGACACUUGACAUGGGAUGUUAUAGCACACAGUGUGUCUCUGGUUGUGUAUGUCCUGAUCAGCUAGUGUCUGAUGGCACAGGUAAAUGUAUACCUGCUGAAGAAUGUCCGUGCAUUCACAAUGAAGCCACAUACAAACCAGGAGAAACUAUAAAGGAUAAAUGUAAUACUUGUACAUGCAAGAACCGAAAGUGGAAAUGCUCUAAUGAACCUUGCCUGGAAACUUGCUCAGUUUAUGGAGAUGGUCAUUAUAUCACCUUUGAUGGCAAACGAUACACCUUCAAUGGAGAUUGUGAAUACACGCUGGUCAAGAAUCACUGUAGCAAGAACAGUACAAAUGUAGGAACUUUCCAAGUGAUCACAGAGAAUAUCCCCUGUGGUUCUACUGGGACUACCUGCUCAAAAGCCAUUAAAGUGUUCUAUCAGAACUAUGAGUUACUACUUACUGAUGGAAAAUUUGAGGUAAUACAGAGACUUCCUGGUGGAGGUAAAGUGCCAUUCAAGAUCCGAUACAUGGGCAACUACAUGGUGAUCGAAAUUAUUGACGGAGGACUGAUCCUGAUGUGGGAUAGAAAAACCAGUGUGUUCAUCAAACUUACAGCAGAAUUUAAGGGUCAGGUUUGUGGCCUUUGUGGAAACUAUGAUGGCAAUGACAUCAAUGAUUUCACCACCAGGAGGCAGUCUGUAAUAGGAGAUGUCCUGGAAUUUGGUAACAGCUGGAAAGUUUCUCCCACUUGUCCAGAUGUCCCAAGCAGCAGGGAUCCUUGUUCUGCAAACCCAUAUAGGAGUUCCUGGGCGCAGAAGCAGUGUAGCAUCAUUAACAGCAAGACAUUUGCUCUCUGCCAUCCUCAGGUUGAACCAACUAAAUAUUAUGAAGCCUGUGUAUCUGAUGCCUGUGCUUGUGACACUGGGGGAGACUGUGAAUGUUUCUGUACAGCUGUAGCUGCAUAUGCACAGGCGUGUCAGGAGGCCGGCGUAUGCAUCCCUUGGAGAACUCCAUCCAUCUGUCCUUUAUUCUGUGAUUACUACAAUAAAAAGGGAGAGUGUGAAUGGCAUUAUCAACCUUGUGGUUCUUCUUGCAUGAAGACCUGCAGGAAUCCAAACAAUUGUUCACUUGAGUUAUAUGGCUUGGAAGGGUGCUAUCCAAAAUGUCCAGCCAAUAAACCCUAUUUUAAUGAAGAUGAGAUGGACUGUGUCUCCCUUGAAAAGUGUGGCUGUUUUGAUGACAAAGGAUACUAUUAUAAACCAGGAGAAAAAUUGCCUUCAGAAAAGAGCUGUCAAUCAUGUUAUUGUUCAAUGGACAGCAAAGAGGAGUGCAGAUAUGAUGAAAAUGAAUGUUACUGUGUCUAUGAAGGAAAGAUAAGCAAACCUGGCGAUAUCAUCUACAACACAACCGAUGGCAUUGGAGGAUGCAUCGUGGCCAUUUGUGGUCAAAAUGGCACAAUUGAGAGGAAUAUCUUUCCAUGCCACACAACCCCUACUAGUAUACCCACCUCUACUGUCUUUGAAUUUACUAGCACCACUUCACCAGCGACUACUAGUUCAGUGCCCAUCACUACAUCCGUCUGUGUUCAGGAAGUAUGUCAUUGGUCACCAUGGUAUGAUGGGAGUCAGCCUGGCUCUGGAAAAAAUGAUGGAGAUUUUGAAACAUUUGAGAACCUAACAGCCAAAGGUUAUCAAGUCUGCAAAAACCCCAAAGCUGUUGAAUGCAGAGCAGAGAAAUUCCCCAGUACUCCAUUAAAUAAACUGGGCCAAAAGGUAGAAUGCAGCAUAACAAUGGGAUUAAUCUGUUAUAAUAUGGAACAGUAUCCAGAAAUCUGCCACAAUUAUCAAAUCAAAAUUCUAUGCUGUAGCUUUGUACCAUGUGGCAAUUAUACUACAGCAUUCACACCUGAACCUACCACAGUCUCUCGACUUCACACAACUACACUACCAACUACCAUUUUGACUCCUACCACCGCUUCCACAAGUACAGUUAAAGGAACCACUAGCAUCUUAACAACAACCCCAGAAACCACUUCUUUACCUACCAGCACUACAGUCCAACCUACCAUGGGAACUGGAUCUCCAACAACACAAACAAAGGAAACACCAACUUGCAAACCCAUCUGCAGAUGGACAGAAUGGUACGACGUGCAUUUUCCUACACUGGAUAAUGAAGGAGACUUUGAAACAUAUGACAUUAUUAGAGCUACCGGAAAAGAUAUCUGUGAAAACCCAGAACAUAUAGAAUGCAGAGCUGAGAAAUUCCCUGAUAAAACAAUUGAUGAAAUUGGCCAAAUUGUCCAGUGUAAUGUGUCCUUUGGAUUUGUUUGCAGAAAUGAAGAUCAGUCAGGAAUGCUGCAAAUAUGCUAUAACUAUCAAAUUAAAGUCUAUUGCUGCAACACUGAAUGCUUGACCACUCCUCCAGAAACUUCAACAACAGUCAUAACAACAAGUCAGACAACUUCUACGUUCAUUACUACACCUUCAGGAACAACAAAACCAAAUAUUACAGCACCACACAUUACAACUACCUCAGUUCCAGAGACAACUACAAUUACAAUACAUCCUACAACUAAAUCUACAACCACUCCUCCUAUAACUUCUACUACACAAUUUCCAAUCACAUCUACUAUGCCAACAAUUUCCACUGCAGCUCCUUUAACUACCACAUUUCUUCCAACGUCAACCAUAACUGAACCAAUCACAGUACCAACCAAAAUACCUCUUCCAACUACAACACAAACAGAAAUACCUACAACUAUUUUAACAACAGUUAUAUCUUGCAUGGAGGAAAAAUGUGAAUGGUCCCAAUGGUAUGAUGUUAGUUACCCAGGAAAUGGACCUGAUGAUGGAGAUUUUGAAACACUGAAAAAUAUAAGAGCCAAAGGAUAUGAAGUUUGUAAAGCACCAAAGAAUAUUGAAUGUCAAGCAGAAAAAUAUCCUAAUGCAUCACUUCAGGAACUGAAACAAAAACUUACAUGUGAUACAACAACAGGGCUCAUAUGUCAUAAUAAGGAUCAAAUAACACAAAUCUGUCACAAUUACAAGAUCAGAAUUGAAUGUUGCAAACAUGUACUUAUACCAUGCCCAACAACACCAACACCAAAAAUAACUGCUACACCACCAAAAACAACAGAAACUCCUACAUCAAUAUUAACAACAAAACCACUAGUAACUACUACACCAGAAAAGCAUAUUUUUACACAAUAUCAAACAACAAAACAGCCAUCUACAGAACCUCAGGUGGUUAAAACAACAUACUCUACAAAAAAACCACCACCCACAGAGAAAACAACAUCAUUUACUAAAACAUCAGCACAAAUAUCUACGAAAGAAAUAGGGACUACUACUACCACAGCUAAAUCAACAAAACCAGGCUCAACCACAACGCCCAUUGUAACGAAGACACUGGAAGUGCUAACCACGAGCGUUCCCCAAACCACCUCAACAGGGCCAACCGCAACCACCAGCAGCACCACCACCAAAGCAACCAAAGAGACAACACCCACCAUCACAACAACUGUUACCAGGCCCACGACUCCCACAAUAAGCACUACCGCUUUGCCCACCACCACAACGUUACCUUCUACAAGCACAACUCUCCCCACGACCAUCCCAACGAAGACCACCCCAUGUGCACCCGUCACCUGCCAGUGG